CGGGCCGAGGCUGGGAUCUGAGACCCGAGCGCGUGCUCCGCAGACCCGCCAGCUGCGAGUUCGAGCCCCGGCCCCCCUCGAACCCGGAGCCCGGAGCCCAGCCGCUUCUCCAGCGCCUCCGCCAUGCACUUCCCGCCGCGGGCCUCGCUCCUGCUGCUGCUCGGCCUGCUGGUCCACCACGCUGAUGCUCGAUCGCCUCGGCGGCCGCUCAGUGGCUUUUCCUGGGAUAACUGUGACGAGGGGAAAGACCCUGCUGUGGUCAAGAGCCUCAAAGUGGAACCCGACCCCAUCCCCGUGCCCGGGAACAUAAACGUCAGUAUAGAGACCAUGACCAAAGUGAGCCUCUCCGGCCCCAUAAAGCUGGAUCUGAUUCUGGAGAAGGAGGUUGCUGGUUUGUUCGUGAAGAUCCCCUGCAUAGAGCAGCUAGGCAGUUGCACCUACGCCGACAUCUGCAACGUGCUGAGCAUUCUUAUCCCACCCGGGCAGCCGUGCCCAGAGCCGCUGCAUACCUACGGGCUCCCUUGCCACUGUCCCGUGAAAGCGGGCACCUACGUGCUGCCCAGCAGCAGCAUUUCGCUCCCCAGCCUGGAGCUGCCCACCUGGCUCAGUACUGGCCAUUACCGCCUGCAGGGCACGUUGAGCAGUGGCAGUCAGCGGCUUGGCUGCCUGAAGGUGACCGCCGCCAUCAAGGGCCAGUGAGCGGCCGGCUGGGCGUAGGAGCAGCACCUCGUCCCCAGAUCCUCUGUCGUCACCCCAGCCUGCGGUGCUGCUGUCCCCUCAGCCCCCGCUUCCUCCCACAGCUGGGGAAGGCCCGGGCUCCUGCUCCUGAUGAACCCAGCACCCUCUCCCAGUCCCUUUGACACCUUCUCUCUGCCCUGCAGUAGGGGGUGACAGUGUAUUGUGUCCUAGGAAAGGACCUGUGACCCUCUCUAUGUCCCCACAUCCCUGUGCCCAUGUCCCCAAGCCCUCACCUUGCUUCUCUGCUGGAUCUCUGCGGGGUCCCCACAGGGUCUCUCACUCCUCCCCCCGGACUUCCUAGCCCCAUUUUGGAAAGCAAAGUGGACAGAAGCCAG